CUCGAACGAAGACAAUUCCCCUGACUCACCAGGUGGGGGCGGUAAUGCCUUCUUUUGCCAAACCUGAGAAAUCGUCAAAGAAGAUUUCACUCAUGCGCUCUGUCAGUAAAUGAAAUGUGAUCGUGUUUACAUUUUCGGUAGAACGUAGUCGUUGUUCAUUUUUGGGCUGUGUCAGCUGUCAGUCGAAAAGCUACUCAGGAUGACCACAGAGCCUGCCAGCCUGGAGAGCCUGAGGGUGCUGUACCAGAGUGACAACUACAUAGUGGUGGACAAACACUGGGACAUCCGUAUCGACAGCAAGAUGUGGUAUGAGAAACAGACGGUGCAGGCGCAGCUGCAGCACCGCUUCCCCCAUCUGGCAGACCCCAGCACCUACUACGGAUUUAGGUUCUGUCACCAGUUGGACUUCUCCACCAGCGGAGCUCUCUGCGUGGCCCUGAACAAGGCUGCUGCGGGCCGGGCCUACCGCUGCUUCAAGGACCGCACUGUCACCAAAGCCUACCUCUCCCUGGUUCGUGGGUGGGUUGAGCAAGAGACACAGACUUUGAACUUCUCCAUCGGCAAGAGCUCCACCGAGGGAAAAACACAUAUGAUGUGCGUAGAGGGAACAGAAGGUUGUGAGAAUCCAAAGCCUUGUCAGACCGAGCUGACAGUGUUGGAGUAUGGGUUUUAUGACGGGAAACCUGUCACCAAGGUGCUGCUGCAGCCACUGACUGGCCGAACUCACCAGUUAAGGGUCCACUGCUGUGCCAUCGGCCAUCCAGUCGUGGGAGACUUCACCUACAGUCUGGGAACAGACGACUCUCCGUACCGAAUGAUGCUGCAUGCUUACCUCCUUCACAUUCCUCUUGAACCCCAGCACCUCCUGGUCAUGGCCGAUGACCCCUUCAUCCCCACGGUCGAUCCUAAAUGGCUCCCACACCGCUCGCUACGGACACUGGCAGCCACUGUAGAGGCCCUGUUGGAGCACAGGAAAGCUAAAGAGGAGGAACAAAAGCAGGCUAGAAAAAAUGAGGAGAGGAGGAAGCAAAGAAAGAGCCAGAGGAUUGAGGAAAGUGAGGAACAAAGAAGGGCUUGCCAGGACUGGCUGAGUGAAUGGGCUGGAGACUGACAAGAGAGGGGUAUAUGAUUCAGUUUAGCUGUCUAUACAUAAAAUGCAUGUAAAGCACGUCCCACACCUUCAGAGGGACCGCCUGCAUUUCAUGCACGUAUGAGCACAUGGAUCAGUGUCUCCUGUUUCCUCGAACACGGCUUAAGAUUUAUUUAUUUUAAGUGUUGGGGUUAUUUUAAAGCUCUUAGAAACGCACGACUGGAUUCCAUCAUGCUGCCACUAAUCGUUCAGAGUCUUGAUGUUGAUAAGUGGUUGGAGUAACAUCUCACAUGCUCCUCAAAGUGAAACCUCUUUGUUUUUAGUGGCAUUUUACACUGUGAAUGUGAGGAUGACUUGAAUUUAACCAGGGGACUUUGCUUUGCCCAUGGUUGUUGACCUGUAAUACAGCCUGUAUGUCACCGACGUCAAUUAAAAAUCAUACAAAGUCA